AACACAUAAAGUCGUGGCAGAGUUAGAAAGUGGAAAACCAUGGAACCAAAUGACAACUCUAGUGAAUCUUCCUCUUUUUCCAGGGAUGAAAAAGUGGAAGCCUUGGAUCUUCUUGAGGAGUGUUGGUACUUUGAUAACAUGUUAAAUAUAAGACCAACGAUUCCAAGGUGUCACUCUGAUCCUUCCCCUUCCUAUGGGCUAAUCUGCCCAGAUUUUUUGGGGAAGGAUUCUGAUGUAUCUAGUUACUCAUCAACAAGUAAACCACCUAACAAUAGUGGUUCUGUUCCUCCUAAGAAGAUUCAGAGAGCACCAUCCAUGCCACCACUUAGAGUAAAAGAAGAAGAUAAGAGUGGAAUGGAUUUUACAAGAGGCAAAUUGAUGCACCAAUCACCAUCAAGUAAACCACAUAACAGUAGUGGUUCUGUUCCUCCAAAGAGGAUCCAGAGAGCACCAUCCAUGCCCCCACUUUUAGUGAGAGAUGAAGAUGAGAAGAAAGGAAGAAAAUUGGUGCACCAAUCAUUAGAUACUGAAGUGGUUCAAGCGGCUAGUAAACCUCAGAGUGCAAAGAUGAAAGGACAUCAUAAAAGUGAUUGCAAUAAAAGAAAAAGCAAACUCCUAAGAACACCAUCUUUGCCUUCAUCCAUAGGGAGAGAUGAAAAGUUCCAAGUUAAUGGUCCUCCUAGAACUGGGAGAUCCCCCAAGCAACCAUCAACGCCUACCAGUGUUGAUAACCUGCCACCAAGGCAACCCUCUAAGAGUUGCAGCAUUCCCAGAAGUCGAUCAGUUAGAAACUGCGAGGUUGAAAGCUUCAACACAGAAGGUACUGUGGAGAUGAGACGCAAGUUUCUAAAUCAGAAAACAAUGAGGAGAAGCCUAAGUGAUCUUGAGUUUGAAGAAGUUCAAGGAUUUAAGGAUUUGGGAUUCAAAUUUGAGAAAGAAAGUUUAAGCCCAAGUUUAGCUAACAUAAUUCCAGGUUUGAAAGAGAAGAACAGAGAUGAGACAGAGGAAGAUAAGGCAGCAAGGGGACCUUACUUAUCAGAAGCAUGGUUGGUGCAAACUUGUGCUCCUCCUAUUCCAAGUGGGGCUUCUAACAUGUCUGCAUCAGAUAUGAAACAGAAAAUCAAGUUUUGGGCUAGAGCUGUGGCAUCAAAUGUGUACCAGGAAUGCUAAAAAACAAGACAAAAAGGAAAUUAUGUGAUAAUUUGAAGUUGAAACCUUGAGAUUACAACCCAAAUGUUGGAUACAAGGAUCAUAAUGACACUUCACUGAUCGAUUCUUUGUAACAAUUAAUGGCUUUAGGAGCAGCCAAAUUAAUGAUAAUAAUAAUUCUUGGUAA